CCAAUAUUUCGCCAUUUUGCUGCUGAGUUCCCACGAUUCUCCGAAGUUGGCCGGUUUUGGAACGUUUGGUGUUAUCUGCACCGCCCAACACCAAUCAUCGAUUCUGCCCAAACCACCCUUGCUCGUCGUCCCAUACGUCCUUGCCGUCACUCCACUCCUCUUACAGCAGGCUGCAUCGACGACCCUCGCCCAUUCUACCCACGACUACCUCUAAAAUAUCCUUGGGUUGCACACCAACUCUCCAGGCGCUCUUUUUUUUUCACCGUUUUUCGGCAACCUCAUCCGUGACAUAAAGCCACUUCAAGACGCACACCUAGCGGGUUAGAACUCAAAGCGGAGGCGAUCUUUCAUAUAAGCGAUGGCAGAUACAACGACAGAGAUUGAUCUGGACUCGGUCAUCGACCGUCUCCUUGAAGUCCGAGGCAACCGACCGGGAAAACCGGUUCAACUGCAAGAAUACGAAAUCAAAUACUUGUGUACAAAAGCUCGCGAAAUUUUCAUCAACCAACCCAUUCUUCUCGAACUUGAAGCCCCCAUAAAGAUUUGUGGCGACAUUCAUGGCCAAUAUUACGACCUCCUCCGGCUUUUUGAAUAUGGCGGGUUCCCACCAGAAGCCAACUAUCUUUUCCUUGGUGACUACGUUGACCGAGGAAAGCAGUCUCUCGAGACUAUCUGCCUCCUCCUCGCAUAUAAGAUCAAAUACCCCGAAAAUUUCUUCAUCCUGCGAGGCAACCACGAGUGUGCCAGUAUCAACAGGAUAUACGGGUUUUAUGACGAAUGUAAACGCCGUUAUAACAUUAAGUUAUGGAAGACGUUUACGGAUUGCUUCAAUUGUUUGCCGAUUGCUGCCAUUAUUGACGAGAAAAUUUUCACGAUGCAUGGUGGUCUGAGCCCGGACUUGCAAUCGAUGGAACAAAUACGGAGAGUAAUGCGGCCCACCGAUGUACCUGACACAGGUCUGCUUUGCGAUCUACUUUGGUCCGACCCAGACAAAGAUAUCACUGGAUGGUCCGAGAACGACAGAGGGGUGUCAUUCACAUUCGGACCGGACGUGGUUUCACGAUUCUUGCAGAAGCAUGACAUGGAUUUGAUCUGUCGAGCUCAUCAGGUUGUAGAGGAUGGCUACGAGUUUUUCGCCAAGAGACACUUAGUGACUCUGUUUUCAGCACCGAACUAUUGUGGAGAGUUCGACAACGCAGGAGCAAUGAUGAGUGUGGACGAAACACUACUGUGUUCUUUCCAGAUUCUGAAACCUGCCGAGAAAAAGGCGAAAUACCCAUAUGGCGGGAUGAAUAUGGGACGGCCUGUGACACCUCCACGCAAACCAAAGAAGAAGGACAACAAGAUGGGCUAGAUUGUGCACAAGUUGUUGGUUGCAGCCAUCCUCCACACCGACUUCCGCCUUUCUCAUUUCCGGUCCUGGCUACGUUUUCUCUUCUUCUCUCCCGCUCAUUUGCUUGUUCUCGCUGUUAUUCCUUAUAUUCAUUCAUUCAUUCCUGUGCGUCGCGGUUUGGUAAGAUACGGUUAUUGAGGGAGGACUGGGGAUCUGCAACCUCGCAAGCACGGUGUGGUGUAGCAGUAUCUAUUUAUGGUUGCUCGUGUAGUCGAGGUCGUGGCAGCAGUACCCCGCUGUCCGGAAGCGGUAGCAUGGGAGGAGGAAGAGUGGGAAGGAUGGAGAUGGGCAAACAGCGAUUAGGACACCGCGGAGGACGGGAGAAAAAGACCACGCGCCUACGCCUUACAUCCUAUUAUCAACCAUCAGUUUGCGAAACACAAAAUCCUUCUCAGCUGCCACUAAAAUUACGGAAAGCAGAGACUGUUCUCCGGAUGAAUCUCCCGUUUUCUCCUUUCCUUGUUCCAGGACCUCGGCUGGGGUUACCGACCUUGUUCCCAUAAUUACAUCUCCCUUAGAUGGCCUUCCUCCCAUAAUGUUAUACGAGACCCCCUCUGCGCGUACUUUUCCUCGUCUUUCAUCUUUCUUUGUACAGUAGUGCGAUACAAUAACCCUUCCUCCGUUAUAUCAUUAUUCGGCUGGUGGCUAAGUUGUCGGUAUAUACGUAUUCCACACUUCUUUACACAUCCCUCUACCUACAAAUUUCUCAUCUACUCUUCUCUUACCCAUAACGAGACAUUGGACUUGCUU